AUGGAUCAUCAUGAAAUCACCACUGAUCAAGUUCAAGGUAAGACACCAUCAUCUUCCACCACUUCAAGUGGAAAUAAUGAUGAUAACAAGAAGAAGAUGUAUAGAGGUGUGAGAAAGAGGAAGUGGGGAAAAUGGGUGUCUGAAAUAAGACUACCAAAUAGCCGAGAAAGAAUAUGGUUAGGAUCAUAUGAUUCACCUCAGAAAGCAGCAAGAGCAUUCGACGCUGCACUUUACUGUCUUCGUGGUCGCCAUGCAACUUUCAAUUUCCCUGAUUCACCUUUUCAUUUGGAAAACACUGCACUUUCUAACCAUCCACAACAGAUUCGAGAGAUUGCUGCUAACUUUGGCAACAAAAAUCCACAAAUUGUUAUCGAUAGUAAUAGUAAUAAUAAUAAUAAUAAUGAAAAUAUUAAUACAAAUGAAUCCAAAACUGUGGCUGAAGUUAUUGGCUCUUCGUCUUCUACUACUACUAUGAAUGAUAAUGUUGGGAACAACAUUGAUUGGACAUUUUUGGAUGUGUUGGAUGGUUCGAGUAAUGAUGCUAAUUUUUUUGAGCCUGAAAAUUAUGGUGGCUUCUAUUCUGAUUUAGAAAAGAUGAAUUCGGGUGAGUUAUUCAGUUUACCAGCACAACUACAACUAUUUGAGGACAAUAUUCAGAAGGAACUAGUUAAAGUUGAAGGUGAUGAUGAUGUUUAUGUUGACCCUUUUUCUCAUCAAUCAUUCCUUUGGAACUGGGACUUUUGA